GGAGGAGGAGCGGUAUUUCGUGGCGGCGAGGAGCAGGUGGCGCCCAGUGCUGCGCGGCCGGCUGUGGAGCGGCACACACCGCGCUCCCUGCACCGCACCUCUCCGCACCGCUCCGCGCCAUGGCCUCUGCGAGUGCGGCGCUGCUGCUGGCGCUGGGUUUUCUUCAUAACUGCUGUGAAGCCUACAAUGUUGGGCUCCUUAAAGCAAAAAUAUUUUCUGGUCCAUCAAGAGAGCAGUUUGGAUACGCAGUUCAACAGUUUAUAAAUGAACAAGGCAAAUGGUUGUUGGUUGGCUCACCCUGGAGUGGCUAUCCAGUGAAUAGAACUGGAGAUAUCUAUGCAUGUCCUGUUGGUACACCCAAAACCACAUGUAAGAAGUUGAACUUGCAAGCUUUAAUAAAUAUUCCAAAUGUAACUGAGAUAAAGGAAGACAUGAACCUUGGCUUGACACUGAUCCAGAACUCAAAAACAGGAGGAUUUUUGACUUGUGGCCCCUUGUGGGCACAGCAGUGUGGAAGCCAGCACUAUGCAACAGGAGUCUGUUCUGAAAUCAGCCCAAGUUUCCAGAUUCUAAGAAGCUUUUCUCCUGCUGUUCAAAAGUGUUCUUCCGUCAUAGAUAUUGUAGUGGUUUGUGAUGAGUCAAACAGCAUUUAUCCCUGGGAUGCUGUACGGGCAUUUUUGAAGAAAUUUGUCCAAGGUUUAGAUAUAGGCAUUAACAAAACCCAGGUGGGUUUAAUUCAGUAUGCUAAUAAUCCCCGUGUAGUGUUCAAGUUGAAUGAGUACCGAACAAAGGAUGAUGUUGUUAAUGCAACAGAGAAAACGUUUCAACAGGGAGGAGAUCUGACUAAUACUUUUAAAGCCAUUGACUAUGCAAGACAGCAUGCCUUCUCAGCUGAGUCAGGGGGACGGCCUACAGCCACCAAAGUAAUGGUUGUUGUGACAGACGGGGAAUCGCAUGAUGGCUCCAACUUGAAAACUGUGAUAGGUAGAUGCAAUGAAGACAAUAUAACAAGAUUUGGCAUUGCUGUUUUGGGAUACUUAAUCAGGAAUGAACUUGAUACUAAAAACUUAAUUAAAGAAAUCAAAGGAAUUGCUAGUCAUCCAACAGAAAAGUAUUUCUUUAAUGUGUCAUCUGAGGCUGCACUACUGGAAGAAGCAGGAACACUCGGAGAGCGUAUUUUUAGCAUAGAAGGUACAGAUCAAGGUGAUACAUUUCAAAUGGAAAUGUCACAGGUGGGCUUCAGUGCGUAUUUCUCAGAAAAAAAGGAUGUUCUGCUGCUGGGUGCUGUUGGGGCUUAUGACUGGAGUGGAACGGUACUUCAGGAGUCUUCAAACAGAGUCACUACUUUUCCAAGCAAUGUGUUUGAGAAAAUUCUGCAGGACAGAAAUCAUAGUUCAUAUCUAGGAUAUUCAGUUGCUGUUCUCUCAACUCAGAGUUCCAUCUAUUUUGUUGCUGGUGCACCACGGUCCAACUACACUGGCAGAGUUGUGGUUUAUGAUGUUGACAGCCAAGGUAAUAUCUCAAUUGUGCAGUCCCAGAGAGGCGAACAGAUUGGCUCCUAUUUUGGCAGCGUGGUGUGUUCAGUGGAUGUUAAUAAGGACUCUGUGACAGACGUGCUGCUUGUAGGUGCACCAAUGUUUAUGAAUGACAUGAAGAAAGAGGAAGGGAGAGUAUAUAUGUUUUCCAUCACAAAGGGAAUUUUGGAUCAACAAGAGCUCUUGCAAGGCCCACAAGGCUCAGAAAAUGCUCGCUUUGGAUCAGCGAUUGCAGCACUUACAGACAUUGAUUUGGAUGGCUUUAAUGAUAUUGUAAUAGGUGCACCACUGGAAAAUCAAAACUCUGGAGCAAUUUAUAUUUACAAUGGGUUUCAAAAGACUAUACGUACCAAAUAUUCUCAGAAAAUUUUAGGAUCAGAUUCUGCUUUUGGAAAACGGCUCAAAUUCUUUGGAAGAUCAGUAGAUGGCCAUAGAGACUUAGAUGACAACGACAUUACUGAUGUAUCAGUUGGUGCUGAUGGAAACGUGGUUCUGCUUUGGUCACAGAGCAUUGCAAAUGUGUCUGUAAUUGCCUUGUUUACACCUGAGAAAAUCAGCCUGCUGAACAAGAACACUGAAAUAACUGUCAAAAUAUGUUUUCAGGCUACAUUUAGACCUGCUAAGAGAGAUAAUCAAGUGGCUAUAAAGUGCAAUGCAACACUGGAUGCAGAUCUCCAGUCCUCCCGAGUGACUUCUAGAGGACUGUUCAAAGAAAAUAACGAAAGGUACAUGCAGAGGGAUGUUAUGGUGACUCACUCUAUGAAUUGUGUUCAGGACAUCUUCAAUGUACAGGAACCUUCUGAUGCAGUCAAUUCCCUUAAUGUGCGCAUUGACAUUGGCCUAGCAAAUCCUGGCACCAGUCCUGUACUUGAUACAUCUUCUCCUGCAUCUGUGGCCUACAGUAUUCCUUUUAUUAAAGACUGUGGUGAAGAUGAGCUUUGUAUCUGUGAUCUUGUUCUGAACAUCCAGCAGAAGGGAGAUGAUGGCAAACAGCAGUUCAUUGUCAGCAGCAAAAACAAAAGACUAACAUUCAACGUGAAAUUGAGAAAUAAAAAAGAGAACGCAUAUAACACCAGAAUCCAGGCUACGUUUUCAGACAACUUGUUUUUUGCUUCUUCCUCCUUACCGAGCGAUGGGACUGAAGUCUCAUGUCAGACAGGAACAUCUCAAACUACAGUCAUCUGUCAGAUAAGCUAUCCUGUUUUCCGAACAGGACAACAGGUGUCUUUUGAUAUUAGUUUUGAUUUUAACCUGAAGAAUCUUCAGAAUAUGGCAGUUCUAAGUUUUCAUGCACUGAGUGAAAGUAAAGAAGAGCAAGAACCGGACAACCAGAUCAGCUUGUCAAUUCCUUUGCGGUAUGAUGCAGAAAUUCACUUCACAAGGCUUGCCAACAUCAACUUCUAUGAAGUAUACUCUGGUCAUAACAUUCCUUCCACUGUGAAUAAUUUUGAAGAUAUUGGCCCCAUGUUCAACUUCUCAGUGAAGGUAACAACAGGAAGUAUUCCAGUGAAGAUGGCAUCUGUGAAAAUCCAUCUUCCAGAAUUAACUAGCAAAGACAACGCACUGAUGUACAUAACUGCAGUUGACACAGAUCAGGCCAGAGGUGUUACUUGUCAAGUUCAGAUAAAUCCACUGCAAAUAGGAAUAAGGCCUUACUCUGCAUCUUUCAAGAAAGAAAACCUCAGAGCUGUGAAAGAACUGAACUGUAAGAAUGCAAAGUGCAGUACCAUCACAUGCAAACUGGAAGACCUCAUGCUGAAGGGAGAGUAUUUUGUGAAUGUGUCCACCCGAAUCUGGAACAGUACCUUUGCUGUUUCCACUUUCCAGACAGUGCAACUCUUUGCUGAGGCAGAAAUCAAUGUGCAUAAUACUGAUUUAUUUAUAAUUGGAGAAAAUACCCUAACUAUCCCAGUUACAAUAAUAAAGCCAGAUGAGAAAGCUGAGAUACCAAUUGGUGUUGUGAUUGGCAGUAUAUUGGCUGGACUCCUCUUGCUGUUAGCAUUGGUUGCUGUUUUAUGGAAACUUGGCUUCUUCAAGAGACAGUAUGAAAAAAUGACACAGGAUAUAGAAGAUAUUGAUGAAAUUACAGAACUCACGAAAGACAAAGACUGAAGAUGUAUUAUAUGGAUAAAGAGAGGAGAUCUGAGCCACCAGUAGAAAUUGUGAUCCAAUCAGUUCUUCAGCUGGAGUGCCUUAAAGCUUAAUAACAUUUAAACAUUUUUAAUUAAAUUGUUGGGUUUUUUUUUUAUAGAUGAAAAUAUUUUACAGAUUCUGCUCUAUUAUAAGAGUAACUGCAGGACAGUUUGUUGGUUUUGUUUUUUCAAAAGUGAUUUAUAGUGCCUUUUCUUGUAUAUUUUUGCCUUUCAAACAAACUUAGCCCUUAGAACUGGCAGGUCCGGAGUUUACAGUAAUGUACUGUGCCAGCAACACUUCUCCUGAUCCACUGCAGAGUGAAACAGAACAAUUUAUUUCAGAUUAUUGUGGAACAGCAUCAGUUCGUAAUUCAGUUGACAAGUACCAUAUGUGUAAAGGACACUUUCUAUUAAGUUGAUGAUGAAUGUGUGGUGAAUACUGUUUCCAGACUGGAAGAAAACUCAUUUUUUCAUUGACUAGCUCCAUUCUUAUUGUUUUACAGAAAUUUGUACAAGCAAACCUUUGUCUUAACUAAUCUAUGAAGUGGGAGCUAUGUAAGAAGACAUCUAUCAGUGACAGGGCAACUGGAUGGGCAUACUGUUCCAAAAGGUCACCAUUUCCUCGCACUAAGGUCACAAAUUAUUGAAGUACACUGUUUUUGGAAAAUACUGCCAAAUGACACAAUGACACACGUAACUGCCUUCUGAAUACUGCCUCUGAGAAGAAAAUAAGAAUUUCAUAACCACUUACACCAUGUUCUCUGUCAUGUUAUGACUGGCUUUCAAAUUUCAUCUGGAGAAGAACUACCAAUACUGUUACGCUGGGCUUUACGUGCACAGGCCACGUGACUACAGUUUAGCUUUUGGCAAAUAGAGAAAAGAGUCAAAAUCUUGCCCUUAAUUUUGUACUGGAAGAUUUUGCAAUAGUAAGAGCACGAGGUGAGCUUAAGGGGAUAUGACUGAGGUGGUAUGCACAUGUUAGGACAGAAGAUGGAAAAGAUCCUGUAGGUCUUUUCCAACCUUGGUGAUUCUACGACUCUACGAUAAAUCAUGAACUGCACUUGUUUCUUUAGCAUCUCAGUGCCAUCCAGGAAACCAAAGUUCAGUGUGACCUACUUACUUGUCAUUUUUUUAUUCGGUUCUUUGUCUUCAUGUCUUGAAGAAGUUGGCUUGUUUUUUACAUAGUAAAGUACUGUAAAGCUCUGCAGGAACUCUGAACACAGUUGGGUGUUUGUGUAAGUUACACACCUCAAAUUUAUCACGUGCUGCCCAGUUUUAAUGAUAGAUCAGUCAGGAGGCCCUGUAAGACUGGUAAUAGUCAGGGGAUUAGGCCUUCUGUCUGCCUUUCGCUCUCAUAGCUGGUGGUUACUUAAGUGCAGCUGUGACAGAAGACACACUGCAUGUUGUCUUUAUGGAUGCUGCCACAUAACUAAGAUUGUUUCUGACUUGAUGUGAUUUACUUGAAGAGUAAAACAUUUAAAUGUGCCUAACUGACACAGAACCUGAAGUUAUGUUUUUUCCCCCAAAAGCUAGUUUGUAAAUACAGUUAGGCACUUUUAGAAUUAUUUUCUGAGGGACGUUUAAAAAAAAAAUACAUCUGAGGAUGUUAGGAAGUUUUAUUGUCUUCUUUUUAAAUCACUAAAGAUUAAUCAGUCAUGAGCCAACCAUCUCUUUGGCAAAAAACAGCUUCAUUUGUAGUGACAGUUGGAUUGUUCUCAGUAUAACUGUAUGUGUUUUGGAUUUAUUUUGUAUCUAUUGAAGGUUACACAUUUGUUCAGGUUUUUUUAAUGUUCUGAAAAACAAUCUGGAUUCUGAUCUUGACUGUUAAGACUAGAUUGUUGCCAUUAGCUGAGUUUGUGACCAAAACAAUUAUUUUAAAAUUUACAAAAAAAGCCAUUGUUCAAACCUAAAGAAUGCAGUCCUGACUUACAGUUAUGAACCCUGCAAGCAAACGCUCUAAAAGUAAAGAUAAAAAUUUGUCUGUCUCAAUUUCUGUAUGAAGUUAUAUGGAAGAAAACAAAAUCCUACACCUACAUGUGCAAGAAGCUUCUACAUAACUAGGGUCAUAUAAUCAAGGCCAUAGGAAGAAUUUCACAACAAAGUAGAGUGUCACAUCUUUUAUUUCUCAUGCUGCUGUACCAGAAAUGAUGUAGUCAGUGAGCCAGACUUCCUUCUUCAACCACAGGUGUGAAACACAGGUCAAUAUCUGACACCCAACAUCUUAGUUAUUUAACAGUUCAUAAAUAGGACAGCAAUGAUUCAGUUCACCAGUCUACACUGGGUUUUAUUUUGUCGCAGACAACAGGAGUCCUCUCAAUCCUGGGAAUAAUACUUUCCCUUCAAUAAAGGGAAGGCAUAGCAAUGCGUAAGGUUUUCUAUCCUAACCACUUCAAGUUACUAGUUUUAUUCUUCUUUUAUGAUUAAUAUGUACACAGCUAGUUCAGUUUUUGUAUGUGUGACUUUACUGCACUUUUAAGUUAAGUUGGCACGGCCACAAAUAAUGCUGGAAAUAUUAUGUAUAUUUUGUAUUAUGGAUUUUUUAGUUUUACUUUUUUUUUUAAAAAAAAAAAAAAGAAACGUUGCAAAUGAAAUAAUACUCAAAAUGUUGGAACUUCGGCAUGUGCUUCUGUUUGUGCUUGCAGCAGAGAAGUCAGAAACUCUUUCAACAAUCUCAAGUUAUAUUUGAUCUUGGUCUUGAAUCUAGCUGCUGACUUCUGGUAGUACUAGAAUCAAGUCUAAACUCAGAGUUUCACAGGAGACUACAUGUAGAUUUGGGAUGGAAAAGAGAGUUGUUAAGCAAACAGACUUCUGAAAACUAGUGUGUAAGCUCUCUGGGAGCAGGGACUGUACCUCUGUGGUGCCUACCUGAAGGCCUAAUAGCAUUAUUAUAAUAAAAACAAGAAUUGUGCUGAA